GAAUUCUGGAUGUGCGACUGGUUAAAGCACCACUCCCUUGCAGUUUGGAGACGGGUUCACUAACACUAAAUUCCCGCCAGCCCAGUGUUCACUGCAGCUCCUCAAUUCCCCUCGCCGCCCCACCGUCCGCCUCCGUCCUUCUUCCCUCGCCGGCGUCCGGAAUGCCCUCCGCCUCCACGUUUUCCUUCUCGCUCUCAUAAAAACUCCACCUUUACUUAAUUUUCGAAACUAGUAUAUUCUUCGCUCUCCUCCCCCUCCUUCGUUCAAAAACCAAAACCCUAAACAGAGAAACCCCAGCUGUUCAAGCUCUCUCGUUUAGACAGCAAUCAUGUACGGAGGAGACGAAGUAUCGGCUAUUGUCUUAGACUUGGGCUCUCACACCUGCAAGGCUGGUUAUGCCGGCGAGGAUGCUCCCAAGGCCGUCUUCCCUUCUGUUGUUGGAGCCAUUGAUCAAAUGGAGGUCGAUGACAACACAAAUGGAGAGAAAAAUUCUUCCAUAGAUUCGAAGGCCGGUGUCAAAGAUUCUGAGAGAAAGGGAAAGCGCAAGCUAUAUGUAGGCUCUCAGUCCUUGGGAUUCCGCAGGGACAAUAUGGAGGUGUUGUCACCCAUUAAGGAUGGAGUGGUCAUGGACUGGGAUAUUGUGGAUAGCAUAUGGGACCAUGCCUUCAGGGAGUGUUUGCUAGUCGAUCCAAAGGAGCACCCUAUGCUGCUUGCAGAACCUUCAUCAAACAGUCAACAGCAGAGAGAAAGGACGGUGGAGCUUAUGUUUGAAAAGUAUAAUGUCCCUGCCCUCUUUUUGGCCAAGAAUGCUGUUUUGACGUCGUUUGCCUCCGGACGUGCUACUGCCUUGGUUGUUGAUAGUGGUGGUGGAUCAACUACAAUAGCUCCAGUCCAUGAUGGCUAUGUCAUUCAGAAGGCAGUUGCCUCAUGUCCUAUCGGUGGGGAAUUCCUUACCGACUGCUUGUUGAAAAGCUUAGAGAGCAAGGGUGUUGUGAUAAAACCCAGGUACUCUUUCAAGAGAAAGGAAACACGCCCUGGUGAUUUCCAGGCAGUUGAUGUUGAUUUUCCAAAUACAACAGAAAGCUAUAGACUAUACUCUCAGAGAGUCAUUGCUAGCGAUAUCAAGGAAUGUGUAUGUAGAGCUCCAGAUACACCAUAUGAUGAAGCAUCCUAUUCAAACAUUCCAAUGACUCCAUAUGAGCUUCCUGAUGGCCAGACAAUUGAAAUUGGAGCAGAUAGAUUCAAGAUUCCAGACAUUUUAUUUAAUCCAUCUUUGGCACAGACAAUUCCUGGUAUUGAAAGCUUUGCAGAGGUUGGUCCAAACGUCCGUGGUUUGCCCCAAAUGGUGAUAGAUAGUAUCAACAGGUGUGAUGUGGAUAUUCGGAAAGAGUUGUUUAGUAGCGUACUGCUUGCUGGAGGGACAGCAUCAAUGCAGCAGUUAAAGGAGCGUCUUGAGAAGGACUUGCUUGAGGAGUCUCCUCAAACUGCUAGAGUUAAAGUUCUAGCUAGUGGAAAUUCAACUGAAAGGAGAUUCAGUGUUUGGAUCGGAGGAAGCAUAUUGGCAUCUCUUGGCUCAUUCCAGCAGAUGUGGUUCUCCAAGUCAGAGUACGAGGAACACGGAGCGUCUUAUGUACAAAGGAAAUGCCCUUGAGGCUAAUCUUCAUCGUCGAGAGUUUGCAGAGGGAAAGAUUGUGGACUCACCGUGGUUUGAGAAAUCACUGAAACUAUCUUGGCGGGAGAAUUUCGGAUCGUUCAUCAGUUUCGUUGUUUAGGCACCAACUGAGCAUUGUAGUAUCUAGAUGGUUAAGCAGACUAGUUGCUGGCCGGCGUUCUAGGCCUUGUUCCAUUGAUUGCCAUGUAUUUCUGUGAUUGGAUACAACUUUGGUAAUGUUUUAUCUCCACUCUAACUUUAAGUGAAAGAUAUGUCAAUGUAUCAUAGGUAACUAUUGCCAGGUGGAUUAUGAAUUUCGUAGGACAAAUCAACAUUUUCACCAUUGUUCUGUAUGACAUUCGUGCGUUCAUUGUUCAACCAAUGGUAGGAUAUGGUAA